GUCCCUUCGGUCACAGGACCUUGGCUGACCUCCGUGUACCGCCAGGAAGCCACGCCCCAGGUCGCCUCCUUGACCCCGCCCAUCUACGCGCCCACUCUCCCCGCCCACCAGGUGACCCGAACGCAGAUCUUAGCUUCAGGAGCUUUCUCAACGCUGUCGGUGGGCGUGGUAUCUGGCAAUGCUGACGCGCAAUUGGACGACGAUGUGAACGUAGCUCCGCCUCCCCGCCCGGCUGCACUAAUCACAGUGACGGCUCACGAGGUGGCGCCGGCGGCCACGCGCCAGGCGCAGCUCCUGGCUUCUCUCAACCACGCGAAUGUGACCCAAAUGAUGGGCGUGGUGGUGGGCGGGCCGGUGGGCGUGACACUGGUUUUGGAAUACUACCCUGAUACCCAUCUGCCCGAGUACCUGCGCGCACGCUCGCUCGCCCCUGCCCAGGUUGAGGGCGGCCGCAACCUCGAUAGUCAGACCAUCAGCGUUUCCGGGCUGGUGGGCGUGGCCUCGCAGAUCGCCUCCGCCAUGCAGUAUUUGGAAUCUCGGCAUCUCGUCCACACCGACCUGGCCGCGAGGAACGUGGUGAUGGCGGAGGGCGUGGCCAAGGUGACGCAGGUGGGAUCUGCCCUCCCUCGCUACUCGCAGGACUAUUGGCGCUCCCCCGACGGCAGGGGACCCGCGCCCCUACGCUGGAUCAGCCCCGAGGCUCUGUGUCAGGGGAGCUUCACGCAGGCGAGCGACACCUGGGCCUUCGGCGUGACCCUGUGGGAGGUUCUGACGCUGUCCCGCCGCCGCCCACACCACCACCUGUCCGAGGACCUGCUCUUCCACGCCCUCGUCUCCACACACAACGCCGCCUCCACGUUAUCCACCUCCUCCACACUCGGCCGCGCGGACACGUACGCCAAACCACAGGUCGUCCUGAGUGCCCCCGCGUGGUGCCCCAGACAGGUCCAGGAGCUGAUGACGGCCUGUUGGCACCCACUGCCCGCCCACAGACCUUCCUUCAGCGCCAUUUACGCCACGCUGGCCGCCUACGCCCACGCCCAUAAGUGAAGACCACGGGGAGGCCGGGAAAGUGUUUUUUCCCGCCGAAGACAAGAUGGCGUCGAAGAAGGAGACAUUUUCCCGCCAAAAUAAAAUGGCGUCGGGGGGGAAGUGUGCGCAAAGUCCCCCCCCCCCCUCCCCAUUCUAAGGGAAAUGAGGAAAUUGAAAGUGAUGUUAUGUACGGCGUCGGAGUGGCGGUGAUGUGGUAAAAAAAGAAAAAAAAAAGGAUAAACGGAAGGAAAACUUGAUCGAUACGGUGAAAAAUUAUAAUUCGUGUGAGAUGUGUUUUAUGAUAUUGUCAUUAUCCCUUUCUGUAUGUUUAAUCCUAAUGGUUUAUGUUUUUGUGUAUAUGCGUGACAAACAAACAAGGGGAGAGAGAGAGAGAGAGAGAGAGAGAGAGAGAGAGAGAGAGAGAGAGAGAGAGAGAGAGAGAGAGAGAGAGAGAGAGAGAGAGAGAGAGAGAGAUGACCUUUUAAUGCUUUGAUAAGCAAGCAAAUAGUCAACUGGGAUAUACAUUUCCUGUUAAAGUCAGCUUUUUUUUAUAAUUCCAUAAUUUCCUUAAGCUCUUCAUUUGCUAUAAGAGCAAAAGACUCUAUUCAUAGUGAGUGAUAUGUAAAUGUUUCUGACAGACACACAAAGGAACAAAAAAAUAACAUAGAUGUAAAAUUAGUUUACGUCAUACCCCUAUUUAUAGAAAGUGAACGAACGAUUUGGUUGCCGAAGCCGAAGCCAGCGGACUGACGCGACAAAUGGACGCGUUCUUCGCCCGGCAGAGAACGAGCGUAUUGUCUGUUCAAGUUUCCAGGGACAGUGCUGGUCUCUUGUGCACAAUGAAAGCAUAUCAUAAACGGGCGGAAGGAACCCCGUUCAACAUAUCAUUUCCCGGAGAAGUCACGUGAGCGUUAAGAGAGAGAGAGAGAGAGAGAGAGAGAGAAAGAGAGAGAUUUAAAACCCCGAAGAAUUUUUCAUUUCGUCGAGAGCGGCUCCGAUUCCGGUCGCUCCGACUUCGUAGUUCUUUGUCGGUAUGAAAUCAAUAUUAAGAACGUCUUAUCAUUAGCACCUUUAUUAUGUACCUGGAUGGUAGUUUGUAAGAGGAAAUAGGAGGGUGGCAAGAAAUCGGCGCCGAUUUUGCCCUUUUCCGAGACUACUUAUUAUAACUUGGCUGAUGAGUGCUAAACUUAGCAGAAUCGGGGGUUUAUAUAAUUUGUUCAAUUUUGAUUUAUCGAUGCUAUAGGUUGAAUCGCAACAUAGAUUAUGUAAAAUAAGAAACAAGAGAGAGAGAAAAAAAAGUAAAUACAGAUCGCUAUAACCUGCUAUCAAAAAAUGAAAAAAAGAAAAAAAAUAUAUCGUUAAUAAUAAAUAUUUAAGAUCGCUAGAAAAGAUUGCUAAAUUUAGCAUCAUCAGCUAAGACAAGUGUCAGGUUAACUAACGAUGAGGAAACUUGCACUUAACCAUAUCACAUAUAGCGUGCAUUAUCUGUUUCUGGAUGUAUAUGUUGCAGAGUUUAGUUUAAUUAACCAUAUCUAGUCAAAUUUCCAUAUUGCAUGAGUGCAGGUGGCAACCAGUAUUGUUUGUUUUUUUUAAUUGAGAAAGAAUUACUUCCUCUUUGCGUUUCAGGUGUUUUACCAAUAGAUGUAUUAAUUUUGUAAAUACAAAUAAGAAUUUUUUUUUGUAUAUAAUGAGUCUUCCGUGUUUAGGGUACUGAAUAACAAUAAUAUUCAAGUAUUUAACGAAAAAAAAAGAUUAAAACAUUUUCAAAAACUAUUAUCUUAAGGUUUCAUUAAUGGUUUAAUAACACGUAGUGGUAAAUUUAGUGAUUGUACGUGGGGUCAUAGGCCUGUAUCUUAGAUAAGGCACACAAAGAUAAUUUAAGAUAAGGAUUAUUUUUGUCAACUCGUGUGUAACAAGGUAUCGAUUGGCUGACGGAUCAGUCACUGUAUACCUUUUUUUUUUUUUCUUCCAGAGUGCCAAAAAAAAAUAUAUGGUUACUUGGCACUCGUCUGUAGAGGUGCCAAGGGCCAGACCACGUGACCUCACUCGAUACUUUUAAACGAACAUCGAAAUCA